CUCCAUCCACUGUGUCACUAUACUUUGCAUACAGGAAGAAUCAAGGUGCCAGUGCCUCACCUCGCUCGCCGUGCGCCCUCCUCCUCCUCCUGUAAUACAAACCUCGUGAUCACCCAUUCAUUGCUGCUUGCGUCUGCUGCUGCUGCUGCUUUGGAGGGGAGAGAGAGGGAGGAAAAAAAAUAACACGCAGGCAGGUGUCGCGGAAGUUUACACUUGCAGAGGCGCAUCCCUCCGCGUCUCUCUGUUCUGUUUGUUUGUUUAUCAUUGUUGCCACAAUCUGGGAUAACGUGGCAGAGGCUGUACCCGGCGGUCAUCCGGCUCCCACUCACCCCGUGGUCGUCCCAGCCUCGGCCCCCAGAGCGGCAGCGCCUGUGCCUCUCCUCCUCCUCCUCUUGUCUAGGAACAGCAGCAGCAGCAGCUCACUGUGGCGAGGCUAAGAGCCAUGGGCCGGAAACUGGACCUGUCGGGCCUGACGGACGACGAGGCGGAGCACGUCCUGAAAGUGGUCCAACGGGACAUGAAGCUACGAAAGAAGGAGGAGGAGAGGCUGAGUGAGAUGAAGCAGGAGCUGGCGGAGGAAGGCAGCAGAUGCUCCAUCCUCUCCAAGCAGCAUCGUUUCAACGAGCACUGCUGCAUCCGCUGCUGCGCGCCCUUCACCUUCCUGCUCAACCCCAAGCGCCAGUGCCUGGACUGCCAGUACAACGUCUGCAAGACCUGCUGCACCUACAACAAGAGGGACAAAGCCUGGCUCUGCUCUGCAUGCCAGAAGGGCAGGGUUCUGAGAACACAGUCCCUGGAAUGGUACUACAACAAUGUGAAGAGUCGGUUCAAGAGGUUCGGCAGCGCCAAGGUUUUGAAGACUCUGUAUAGAAAGCACAUUAUCGAGAGAGGAGCGCUCUCUGAUCUCCCAGAAAGCAGUGUUCACGACGGAAGCAACGACAACGAUGGCAGCAUCUGCGGCAGUGACUCCGCCUUCUACAAACAGAGUGAAGGACACAGUAUGGCAGAGACGCUCACAGUCGCCCUGCGUGUUGCUGAGGAGGCUAUAGAAGAGGCUAUCGCUAAGGCGGAGGAGUUCAGUGACAGCUUGGAGAAGCAGAAUGAGGCUCGGUAUCUGCGGGACCACAAAGAGGAGCUCAUAGAGGAACUUGCUACAACCAUUGUGCAAAAAAUCAUCCAGAGGAGGAAGCAUUCAGAGAUGCAGACAGAGUACGACUUUGUCUGGUCUCAGUCUCAGUCUCUGAUCCAGCCCAGUAACCUUCCCUCUCCAUCUGAACCUCACACUUCCUCACAAGGACCACAGGACCCUCUCAAAACCUCCAACUCUCUCUGGAGGUCGCAGUCAGCGUUUUCCCUCACCAGUGACGACUCCCCAGAGAAGGGCCCAGAGGAGGAGGGCGCCGGAGCAGGUGGUGACUUGCAUGAGUACGCGUCUCUGAAGCGGGAGGCAAAGGCCACGUCCCUACCCACUUGGAAGAGCGUUGAUCGCCUGGACAACUCCAGUGCAUCUUCAGUGCUCCAGAGCCCAGACGGUAACUGGAUCGCCCUGCACAGUUCUCAGCUGUCUCGGCCCAGCCUGCUAACCAAGAGGAAGAGCCUGGUGUUCAGCGUGUUGGAAAAGGAGUCCGGCGUCGUCUCUGCGUACGAUGAGAUGGGAUCCGACUCCGAGGAGGACAACGAAGGCGGCUGGGGCGCGGCGUUGAGACAGUUCAGGCGUAAGCUAUCCGACGAAACUUACUACACGGACUCGCAGCACGACCCGGAGUGGACGUACACCCAGCACCUUCCCAUCACGUCACCGUCCUCCGGCCAGUACACCAACACAGAGACUCUCAACUCGGACUCAGAGGCUUCGUCUGUGCUGUCAGCGUGUCCUCGUAAACCACCUCAUAACUUGUUGAGGAAGAAGGGACCGGCGGAUACACACCUGCACCCUCAUCACCAGCCCCUGUACCACCCCCACCUGCACCAGAACUUCUCUCCAUAUCCUCUGCACUCAGAGGCACUGGAUGUGAACUUUAACCCCAAGGUGAUGGGAGACAGCAGCGAGGCCGAGGAGCGGGGGAUCGACCCGGUCAGAAGGUCACGGCGACGACGGAAAAGCAAGAGGGAGUCGUCAACAGAGCAGAGCAAACCUGGAGGCCAGAGCCACACACAGUCCAUCUAUCCCUUAGUACAGGAGAACAGUGGUUUCCUGCUCAACGCCCUGUUGAAGAGAGGUCUUAGUGAGGAGCAGCCAGCACCCGACACUAUGCCCACGGCCACAGCUGCACUAGACCCCUUCAGACUAGAUGCCAUGACACCAGAGCCCCAAGACUUGGACACAGUGGCCCCAAAUUCAGCAGCCCUGAGCCCCCCACAGCCCCACUCUCUAGCUCCAGGGUCCGGAGACCUGGAAGAGGAGCUAAGGUUCCGACUCAGUCAGCUGGUCAAACGUGCCAACAGCAAAGACGACAGCUCCGCUGGAGAGGAGUGCCCUGCAGACAGACAGACGGACAAAGACAGCGACAGACAAAGAGAGAAGAAGAGGCUGAAAGACGCAGACAGGGAACGGCAGAGGGCGAGUGAGAGAUUGAGGGAGAAGCCGAGUGAAACAGCUGAACAAGUGAACGGACAAGAGAUGAAAAGGAGUGAGAGACUGAUAAAGAGUCCUUCGAUGAGAGAGGAAGGAAGGGUGAGGGAGAGGAGGUUAGAGAAGGGAGUGGAGAGUGUGGAAGAGAAAGUGGAUGACCAGGAACAAACAAGAGGAGACAAAAGAGAAGCACACAGACAAAGCAAGAAACAACAUAAGAGAGACGUGGAGAAGGAGGCCGCACAGAAAGGAGGAAGAAGGAGGAGUGGUUCAAGUGCAAGUUCACCUGCUGUUACACCUUCUUCCCAGGAGGAGGUGCUGUCAGACAACCAGGAGGGACAGAAUGACUCGGAGCAACAGCAGAGGCUCCAGUUGCUCUCCUCUCUCUUGCAGCAGGUGAGAUAUGGGUGAGACAGCGAAGACUUCUUGUGACAUGUGAAGGAGGCCUUGCUCAACAACAACUAUGGCAACGCUGCUAUAGUCACUUAAUGUAUUGUAAUAUAUUUAUUCCUCCCUGAAAUGCACAGACGUGCUGCAUACUGGUUGUGUGCAUGUGUCUAAUUGGGUCAAAUGUGAAUCGUGCGUGUGUUAUAUUUCACUUCUGCUGCAGCUUUCUAAAAUACUUGUGGUAGCGUCUUUUCGCAUGAAUGAAUUAAA